AUGCCGCGGUUCUUGAACACCUGGACAGGCGAGUUCGAGUGGCACCCCAAUCCCAGAGAGGUCACCUACGCCAUUCUAUCCCACGUUUGGCGCGAUAGCAAACAUGGCGGAGAGCAGUCGUACGGCGACUAUCAAGAAGAGAUGACCAUCUUUUCUCACCCGGCGCUCUCGGACAAGAUCAAGAGCUUCUGCGAAGUCGCGCGCAAGGCGGGUUUCCGGCUCGUAUGGAGCGAUGCAUGCUGCAUCGACAAGACGAGCAGUACAGAACUCUCCGAGGCGAUCAACUCGAUGUACGAGUGGUACAGACUCUCGGAUAUGUGUUACGUCUACCUUGCGGACGUCCCGGAUGGAGAUCGGCCUUUGGAUCGCUUCUCCAAGUUCCAGGAGAGCAGGUGGCACGAGCGCGGCUGGACGCUGCAGGAGCUCAUCGCUCCCGAGCGUGUCGUGUUCCUGACGCAGACCUGGCACUUUCUUGGCACGAAGAUGGGGCUCGCUCGGAGUCUACAGCGACGAACCGGAGUCGACUUCGAUAUCCUCGUUGGCCGGACCGCCCUGGAGGCGGUCAGCGUUGCACGUAGGAUGUCAUGGGCUGCUACGCGACAAACGACGCGCCUCGAGGAUCAGGCGUACUCUCUGAUGGGUAUCUUUGGCGUCCAUAUGCCGCCAAUCUACGGCGAGGGCGAGAACGCAAUCCGCCGUCUCCAGGAGGAAAUUAUCAGGACUAUCCCCGAUCCAAGCAUCUUCGCAUGGGGGACA